AUGAUCCAGUCUCCGCCCAUGGCAGAAAAAUCAAAUGUUCCUACGUCGGUUGAUGUCGUCAUUGUUGGAAAUGGACCAUCUGCCAUGAUACUUUCCUAUAUCCUCCACGGCCAUAUUCCAUUCUACAACCCGGAGAAACCCCAUCCGGAUCCCUUACUCCAUGCAAAGCUAAAGGACAACCCGCAGCUCCUCCACCUAGACAUUGGUCAUUUGACAACCCAUUUCGGCGCAUCUAGGUUCCCAUAUUCCACCCAAGCUCUUCCUGUUAACGUUCUUCUUGACGCUCUGAUUCGGCCGAAUGGAGACGAUGAUGAGGGGACAGAAACAAGUGUCCAAUGGCGGUACAUGCCAGAAAGGGCUGCCUCCCAUAUUAUUUUUGGGUCUGCAGUUCAUCCUGGAGGACAAUGGACAGAGUGUCCAGAGGGGACAGCCCCAAACAUCCAAACGUUAAGUUACGCUGGUAUGCUCUCAUUGCCUGGAUAUAGCUUUGCUGAGCACCAUCAACGCGUCCACGCCUGUCCUUUACCGCCGUUCACAAGGCCAUCGAGGGAGGCGGUAGCGGAGUAUCUUGCCGCUUAUGCUACAUUCGUAGGGAUAUCCGAAUCAAUUCGAUGCAGCCAGCAAAUCAGUGGAGUAGUUCGCACUGAGAAUGGUUUCUAUAUCAGGUCACAUAAUAUCACUUGCAACAAGUUGAUCCUGGCAUCGGGGGUUUUCACGGAGCGUAUUCCCCCGCGACCAUUGUUGUUGCCCUUGUUAAAAUUACCGCCUCCAACGACGGCGAUGCAACCACGACGUGCCCCACUCUUAAUCAUCGGAUCUGGGUUUUCAGCAGCGGACGUCAUUAUUUCCUCUCAUCCAGAUCAAACAAUAAUCCAUGUUUUCAAAUGGAAACCAGAAACCAAUCCGUCACCAUUGAAAAGUUGUCACCAGCAAGAAUACCCCGAGUAUGCCUCUAUUUAUCGCCUCAUGAAACGGGCCUUCGCUCAAUCAAAGCAGAGUAACGGGACAAGUCGCCCAAAACGGCCUCGUGGACAUUCGAUUCCUUUUCUGGAAAGUAGAAAUUGGACCGAUAACUAUGAGGGUAUUCCCAACACCGUUGUCACGGAUAUUGUGUUGGAUAAUGAGACAGCACUAGUCACAUUUCGACGAGAGGAUGGGACCACCCUCUCCCGCGAAGUAAGUGGACUAGCGCAUAUGGUUGGCCGAAGGAGCUCGCUGAACUAUCUAAGCAAACCCCUGCUAGCUGAAAUAUUCGACAAUGAAACGCCUGCAGACGAUUUCAGAUGGGUUUCGAGGCAAACAAUGCGCGCUCGGGCACUAGAAGGCUUAGAAGUCACGAAGGAUGUCUUCAUAAUUGGCAGUUUGACUGGGGACUCGUUGAUCAGAUUUGCUUAUGGGGGUUGCAUUUACGCCGCUGGAAAGCUCAUGCAGUCGGACUUCAAUGAGCGAAAUGGACAUGCUCCAGGAAAUUUCUACUCGAAAACCGCAACAAGAAAAGACCGGACUGCCGAGAGUGCAUUCAUAAACGGUGCGGAGGAGCACAACAACGUCAGAAGGAUCGAACUUAAAUCUGAAAGGCAGGCUGAGAUACUACGAGAGAAGCACAUUCGUCCCCACUCCGUUGCGAAUCCACUGAAAUCUUGGUGGGAGCAUCUAAAGUUAUUGUUUACUGGUUAG